AUGGAUGAAUUCGAAUUACGUAGUCUCUUCUUUCUGUUUCUGUUUUCUGUAAUCGGUGUUGCUGUUGUCAAAUGUACGAAAAAUGGCUGGCCCAUGAGCGCAUCAAGUAUAGCUCAAACUAAUUGGACUGGUACUUGGUACGGUGUGGUCGAAGCAUAUCCAGAAGGUGAAACAGGUUCUGGCUGGAAUGUGACACUGGAGAUUGGACCUUAUCCGAUAGUUGCUGAGAGUUGCACAAAAUGGCGAAGCACGUUUACCAAGAAUGGAGUUGUGCAAACAAUCAAGGACUAUCGUUUCUGUCGAGGACGUGGCGCUGAGGAAUUGUAUAUUGACGAGGGUGGUGGUGUAACGAUAGCGGAACAAUGGAUUAAUGAUGUACUGGUGUCGUCGUUCAAAUAUAAAGGUGUAUUUGCAAUCCAUACGAUGCAAAUGCGUGGAGACAUUCUCGAAGAACAGACUUUGAUUACUGAUGACAAUCCCGCUAUCGAAGACGUUGUUGUUUCAAUACGAGCACGUAGUAUUCAUCUCAUAAAAAUGACAAGAUUACACGCUGAAGUAUAA